UCCCCAUUCCCUCACAAUCAGAGUGAAUUGCAGAAAAAAAAAAGAUUGCCGAGAGAGCACAAACCCUAAUGGCAUCUCUCUCCAUGGCUUCCGUUAUCCUCAGAUUCUCUCCUCCACGCUCUUCUUCCCCAAAGUUUCCCACUCACGGGUCCGUUCAAUUCGCUCGAUUCAGCUCCUCGAGCCUCGCCUCGACUCACUGCAUAUCUGGGCUUCGUGCGGUUCUUCCUCAGAAGAUAUCCACAGUCGUUUCUCAGAACCCUCAAAGGCUUCGGUCUCUUACCGUCUUCGCUCAUAAGGGAUAUAAGAUGAAGACCCACAAGGCGUCAGCGAAACGGUUUAGAGUAACGGGGAGGGGGAAGAUAGUGAGGAGGAGAUCAGGGAAGCAGCAUUUGUUAGCUAAGAAGAACAACAAGAGGAAGCUGCGUCUUUCCAAAAUGCACGAAGUUAGCAGGAGCGACUAUGACAACGUCAUCGGGGCUCUUCCUUACCUGAAAGUCAAUCGAAAGGCGACUUAAAACAAAGCCUAGGGAUGCUCCUUUUUCUUACCUGUAUUUCUCAUUCUGUAAUCUAACUUGUGAUUAAAAAAAAAUACUUUUGUUUUGUGAUUAUUUGUUCAAUGAGUUUGGCAUUUGUGUCUUCUUUAUCUACUUUAAACUUUAAUUUUUGUUA